AUGGUCACAUUGUGGACAUGCAGUAGGGCUCUUGGAGGAACUUGGGGAUUAAAACCCAUAGUAAUGUACUGGCUAUACACGUCAGUAAUUAAACCUAUGGUGAUAUAUAGAGCUUUGGUCUGGUGGUCUAGAACAAAAGUAGUAACAGCCAGGAAGGAACUCAGUAGCAUACAGAGGAUGGCCUGCUUAGCUAUCACUGGAGCGAUGAGAACAGCACCAACAGUUGCGCUAGAGGCGUUACUGGGCCUACCUCCACUUCACUUGGAGGUUAAGGCUCACGCCAAGGGCACUGAAUUAAGACUACAUAAUUCAGGAGACUGGACGAAAAGUAGUGAACUAGUUGAGCAUGGGAAAAUACUAGAAGGUAAAAGUCGAGAAUUAAUGGCCUACCCUUCGGACCGUAUCAAACCAAUCACAUUUGACAGCAGUCUAUAUAAGGUUGAAAUAUCCCUGAGGAAAGACUGGGACAUAAACCACCUGACACAGAGUGGAGGGUUUGUAGUGUAUACAGACAGAUCCAAAAUGUCGGGUAAAGUAGGUGCUGGUGAAUGGGGCAAGAAACCACACAUUAGUAUCAGCAUACCACUAGGUACGACACCUACUGUCUUCCAGGCAGAAGUGAUGGCGAUCUUAAUAUGUACUCAAAACCUGGCAGUAUAUAAGAGGAGAAACAUUACUAUUCUUAGUGAUAGUCAAGCAGCUUUGAAGGCACUGAUCAAAACUCAAGUAACUUCAAAAUUGGUCCCAGAAUGCCGUACAGCUCUGGAAUCAUUGGCUAGGAACAACAAGGUUAAAUUAGUUAGGGUACCAGGACACUAUGGUGUACUGGGGAAUGAACAAGCUGACUUCCUAGCUAGGAAUGGAGCCGAAUCACCCUACAUUGGUCCCGAACCAGCGGUAGGAUUAUCAGGGCAAGGGCAUAUAAUAUUAAUAUAA